UUUGCCCUGGUCCAACAGUCCUUUCUGAACCAAAGUUUGGACCCCCCCAAUCAAAAAUUCCUGGAUCUGCCACUGCUAAGCUUGCAAGAUAUGCAGCUCAGCCUUAGCAGUUCUACAGCAGGUCAAGUGUUGACCUUACUUGCUUGUGAUCAAACCCUCGUUUCAGUGCAGCAGGAUGCCCACUUCUACACCCACAGGAAUAAUUUGAGACAAGUCAGGAAAUGUUUGUUGGGGGUCAGGUACUAAAAGUAAAAUGCUGGUACGCAUUGCUCAACCCCUUAAAUCUUGUGUCAAAGCACAAAUAAUGAAAUCCUGCUUGCAGGUUAAGACCUUACCAACUGAUCACUGACAACUGAAUUUGAGAAAAUUUACACAACUUCUUUAACUCUACUACAAUCUACACAAGAGAAAUCAAUUAUUUUGUCUCUGUUACAGAGUAACAUCUUUCUUGAUUGAUUUUCAGAAUGCAAUUUGUUCUAUGAACAUUCAGGUUUCUUUUAUUUAUUUUAUUGUGCAUGUUAGUGAUUUUACUUAUCAGGCAUCAGGUGUUUCUAGGUACAAAGUAUUGAAAUUUUCUUCCCAAUCUUGCAAUCCAAGUCUAAUUAUUUCUAAUGAAGUUUAAGGUGAAGAUUCAAACAGAGAUGUUUUUUGCAAAAAUGUAUGCUGAAAUAGUGCAGUCUAUCCUACUCAAUUUAUCUGAAAUAUUUUCAGUGGCAGUUAAUUUUUAACAAAUAUAAUUCAUGUUGUGGUCCCUCUGUUUAGCAAUAUAAUAGAUCACAGAUGAAAUCAAAAUGUGGAAAGAACAACAGUUAAACACAGGCACAGCUGAGUAUGUCACUGAUAUUUUUACCACAUUUUGAGGUCUUCUGUGAUCUAUUACUGUACAGACAUGCAACAAUAUGGAAUAUUUUUGUUUUAUAUGAUAAAAAUGCAAGAUGUGGUUAAUGGUGAUGUCAUCUAGUAUGCGUGUACCCUCAAUAUACUAUAAGCAAGAACCAAUCAAAAUGCGUAGACAAUUCAGUUUAUCACAGAAUUUGAGGAUACUGGGAUCUGGUUUGUGUAGGACUCCUUUUAAAAAAAAUUAUAAUUUCUAGGAAACAAGAGCAUAACGAUGUAAAUAAUUUAAGAUAAAUGGUAAAUUUUUAACUUGGCCUUGAAAUAAAGAAAGAUUUUAUUCAUGAACUUUGGAAACAGGAAAGCUGUGACUCCAUUCCAAUCUGUGAUCCUUCAAACCUUAAUAAGCCUCCUACAGCAUUACCUCUAAACCCAACAGUAAGGUCAUAAGAAUAAAAGAAAUGAUCGGCACCUGAUUCAGAAGACGGUUUUGAUUGGUAACAAAAUUCUCGUCGUCAGUGCUACUGAAAAUGCUUGGAGAACAGUAUGGAGAAAAUGUAUACUCAUGCCAUGGGAGGGGAGCAUUGGGAUGUAUUAGAAACCGCAAAAUCGUAGAAAAAAAUGAUCCAAAACCGCAAAAAAUUAGAUCAAACCCGAAAACCCCAGGCAAAGCCGCCUAAAUCGAUGAAUUUUCACAUUCCAGUUAACAAAACCCUUAAAAAUCUGCUAACUGCAAUGAACGCCAAAACCGAAAACCGAAGUUUUCUUAGCACAAAAACCGAAAAAUUGAUACCAAUGCCCCCCUCCUAUAGGGUCCAGAGAGUUUUAACAAAGGAUACGAACAUCGAAUCCGAAGGUGAUCUUGUCUGUCCAGUGGAAGAAAACUAAAUGAUAGAUGCACCCUCGUAAAGGGAGGAUGCAGAUUGUGUUCCCUACAAUUUCCGAAUGUCACUGGAGAGUAGUCUGAAAAGACAUGUUUCUCACCCACUGCCACGUCCCUCAAGGCUCUGACCGCUCCCUAACUCCGGCUUGUCGCCCACUUACCGGGGCAAAUUACUUACUACGCCCGAAUAAGGAAAUGUCAUUAGUAGUCCCGGAAUCGUUUCAUUUUUUUUUUCAUUGAGCGCAUAUAUUUGUACUAUUGAUACUGAUUUUUACCGUUCAGUGUGGGAACAAGAUGCACCGUUAGGUAUUUAGGCUGCUUUGCAGCUAUUUCCGGAGUAGUAGCUUAGGACAAUCCCUGAAUAAAGCACUGGGGAGCACUGGGUACUAACUUGACGAAACCUCGUACUUCUUGGCCAGCAGAGUUCUUUAGUACCCAGGUCAUCGUCGUUCAGCAGUGGGUGGGAAGUUUGAACGUUAAAAUGUGCUGGAAAAAAAGAGUAUUGCAAAAAUCAUGGCCUCUGUUAAUGGAAAUGCAAGUCCGUUUCGUCCAAAGUUUAACAAUGCCAAGAAGUUUCUGUCUCUACAACUGUCACAAACAAGUCAGGCAAUUUCUGCUGAAUUCAACCACAUGCUUCGUAAUCAGACGCUAGCCAGAAAGAGGAAAAAGGUCAUCAAUGAGAUUUUUUCCACAGAAAAGACUUAUCAGGAUCACCUGCAUGCUAUAACAUCUCAAUUUCUUGCACCUCUGCAAGUUGCAAGCAUCUUGCCACAGAAUGUAAUUACCACGAUCUUCUCCAAUGUGGAGGCAAUUCAAGCAGUGAACAGGGAGCUUUUGAGUCACAUGGAAACAAUAGGCCUUGGAGAUGCCUUUUUAGCCUUGGCACCCUUCAUUAAACUUUACAGCACCUAUGCCAACAACUUUGCUACAGCACAGGCUACCUUGCAGGAGUGGGAAAAGAAGAGUGUGGAAUUUGCAAAUUUUAAGAAAGGGCAAGAAAUGCAUGAGGAAUGCAAAGGACUGAAUCUAGGAGCAUUGCUGAUAACUCCAGUACAACGAGUUCCAAGGUACAAACUAUUACUUGAGAGUCUUCUGAACAAAACUCCGAAAGACCAUCCUGAUUUUGAGAAACUGCAAGAAGCUACAGUUGAAAUCAACAAGGUCGCACACCACAUCAACGAGAACAUUCGACAAAGGGAAAACUUCCAGAAAAUGCUCUCCAUUCAGAACUCGCUUACGGGAGAAGGGGCUCCGAAAAUUCUUGCUCCAGGGCGGCUUUUUAUCAAAGAAGGACCACUUUUGAAGGUAUGCAGCCGAGGGUCUCAAGAGAGAAUGUUUUUUCUUUUUUCCGACAUCCUCCUCUAUGCCAAGAAAGGUGGCUCACUGGAGAAAGACCAAAGCUCGUACUUAUGCCGUCGCGUUUUACCAUUGGUCGACUGCGAACUGGAACAAGUGUUAGGUGGAACGGCUGAAAACGACGAAAACGCUGGUGCAGGAGCCCUGUUUAAGAUAACUUGUAAGGAUAAAUCCCUGCUGUUGUACUCCAAGUCAAGAACAGAAGCACUGACGUGGUUUAGAUCAAUCCGCGAUGCUAGAAGUGACCUGAGAAGUUGCCCGGCCUCCUUACGAAAGCCGAAUAGAGAAGAUUACGAACUUCCCAAGCAAUCGACCCCUUUGACUCGAUCCGCAGUGAGGAAGGCGCGUUUGGGAUUAGGCAUCAUCCGACAGGAUUCGGCCGCUGACUGUGCCAGUCCUGCGGUAUGCAUCAAAGACAGCCUUUACCCCCUGAGGAAAGAGCUGCUAAACAAGCCAACGCCUGUUCGGACGACAAAACAAGUGGCUCGAAAAACGCCUAAGAACGGGAAAACGCCGAGCAGCGCACUAAUAACACGAGCUCGCAGCAAAGAAACUGUAAUAAACUCUCCGUGGCUAAUUACUGAGGGCGCAGCAUAUGAAAAGAAUACGAAUGACAAUUGUACAAGCACAGAUGAGGUUCAAACAAGAUAUUGCGGGGAAACCGGAGGGAUGAAAGAAUCUGAUGGCGGUGCAAGCGCUAGGCAGAGCUGCAUAACGACGCGUGGAAGAAAGAGGAAAUUUCCUUUAAAAGAGAAUCUAGAAGUCGAUCUCUUUUCUCCAAAUGAAGUGGUCAAGAAGCGUUGCCUCCGACCCAAACUGACCGAAAUGUCUUGUGCCCGUGCAGCUGGGUCUCCACUUAGGAGCGCCUUUGACCAAGUGAAGCGAACACCAGCUAAACUCAGAACAACAAAGUACGUGAUGGAAGAUGGGGGUCUCGUGCAUUCUACGGCUUGUGCUGUCAUGUGAAGCAAGCUUAAUUUGAAGCUAUUUAGGACGGUCUUUGAUGUUUCCAGAACGACACGGUUAUUGGCGUGUAGCAAUGAAAGCACUCGUACCGUUUGUACGGUAAAAGUUUUCAUUUUCCUUUGGGGUUAGAAUAUAGUCUGUCGGAAUGGCUUGCUUAGGGGAAUAUUUAUUAAAAUCAGUUGUAAAAUGACAUCUUGAUCAGAUUUGUUGUAAAACUGAUAGUCUUCUUUUAAGAAUUGGGGCCUCGCGAUUGUAAAAUGUGAGAUUAUGCGAUCAGUUUUGGUUAUUUACAUCUAGGUAAAAAUUACUUGGGCGCUUACGUGCGCGUACUAGAUGGAGCAAUUUUCAAUUGAGCGUUAAAAGUAAUGCGGGAUGGCCCAUUUCCGAAUUACCCUUACCCUCUUUUUCAAAGGAAGUUCUGGUGCUGAUCCUUUCAUAUGAUGAUAAGUUUCAUUUAUGUGCAAAUUAAACUUAUUUUCACAAGAAUGGUUGAGCACCAGGCCUCGUUUUCAAAAAGAGUCUACCAAUGAAAAGAAUAGAGGCUGAUAGUUUCGAAAGAAUGAAAAGAGUCUAGCAAUGAAAAAAGAGUCUAGCAAUGAAAUUCGAAAAUGGCCUAUCGCUUUGGCUUUACUUAACUUUGCUCUGUGAUUGGUCUAGAAAGUGUCGCGCCAUCCUCUCAACCAAUCAGAUGCAAAACUUAAAACAAUCGCGACCUGGCAAUCGCGUUUUCCCGCGCUCCAAGCAGUUUGCUUGUUUUCAGUUCGAGUUCGAAUCCUCAUGGGCUAAUGAUAAUGUGAACCUCUGUUCUGAUUGGUCACUGUGAUUAUUAUGGGUUUUUCGACACUCAGUUGAAAACUGCUCUAACGGACAGAACUAAUCACGAAACAGUUUUCUUUUGUGGAAUGUUCUGAAUUUGAACCACUAAGAGAUCAAACACUUAAAUCCAGCGAAAGUACCAUUUAGUAAAUUAUGAACGUAGUUGCACCAAUAAAUCCAUAUUUUUGUAAAGAGUUGCUGUCUCACUUUUGUUGGACUACUCCGCUCUGACGAAGGGCUAACACUCGAAACGUCAGCUUUAGUAACU